AUGUCGUCCACUUCCUCCAGCACAGACAGUUCGGCUACGAUCACCACGCCCCGAAUGCCCAACUUCGAAUCCAGCCCCCUCCUCAUCAUCGGCCAGGAGUCAUCCACCACGAGCAAGGCCUCGGCGGAAAGCAACAACAUGCCCGCCGGCCCCGAGUCCAGCCUAGCCAAAGCGAUGCAAGUCAUCAGCAAGCUCACGGCCAGCCUCGCCGACCGCGACGCCACGAUCGCCCGCCUUCAGGCCGCAGUGGCGUCCCUGAAGGCCGAGAACAACGUGUGGGUGGUGCUGUCCAUGAAGCAGUACCUGUCUACCCUCGUGGCAAGGAAGAAGCUCAGCGCGGCGCAGGCCCACGCGCUCGGUCAGCUGAUGGCGGCCCGUUGGAGGGGGAAGAGCGGGUGGGAUCAGGCGGAUCUUGCGUUCUUGGAGCGGAGCGUAGAGAGCUGUGUUGUUGAUGCUGCUGCCGCUCGCGAGGAAGGGCAGGUAGCUGGUGCUCGUCCGACACGGAAGACUCGGAGGCGUUGGUCAUGGUAA